AUGCCAGUUUUAAGAUUUAAUUUCGCCAAAGAAAACGCCCAGCUAGCAAAGGCUUUUGUCCAUAAUCUUGAUAACCAAGCCGAAACUUUCGACAUUGAAGAAAAACAAGGCUUUGCUGACAAACUGCCCAAAAACCAAGCAAAAUUAAACCAAGAAGCCAAAGAGAGUGCUUCGGUUGCGGUGAUUAUUUCACUUGCUACCGGCAAGCUAAUUAUGAUUAUUGCCUUAAUUGCGCGAUUAAUGGUAGUCGCUAUCAAAAAAUCAAUUGUUUUUACCGGUGUGCUUUUGCGGCUUACCAACCCAAAGCCAUGGAAAGACACUACCGCCAAGAACAUUACCCCAAAGGCAAGGAGGUCCACCAUGCUUAACCUCUACCAAAAGCUCCAACAAAUCCAAAGCCAAACUGGCGCCAUUAGCAAAAGCGAAUUAAACAAAUUCCAAAACUACCGCUAUUUCACCGAGCAGCAAGCCCUCAAUAUCCUUAAGCCCUUACUCGCUGAACAAAAGCUCACUUUAACUUUUGCUGAUGACCCCAACCAAAUCAGCACUGAAAAACCGGAUAAAGACAACUCCGACCCAGCCAAAGCCAAAGGCUGUGCGGAAACUUACGCGAUUAAAUACUUCCUAACCAAGUUUUUCCUCAUUCCCACUACCGAUGAACUAGACCCCGAUGUCACUAAAUCCACUGAACACUUAAACCGUUUAAAAAACGGUCAGCAAGAAACCCCCGAAGCCAUCCAAAAAAGACUCCAAACCAAAGACCAACAAAAAGAAGCCGAAUUAAAAGCCAAAUACGGAGCAGACUGA